CCGACGGUGCGGCUUUGGACGAUGCACAGCGCUGAAGACCUCGCCGAGCUUGCGGCGGCCAUUGCGCAUGUCCAGCAGACGCUGGCGCGGUUGCAGUCCAAGGAAGAGACGGACGCGCUCAUGGUCGACGUCGAACGGCGCAUCGACGCCGGCGCCAGCACCGAAGACCUUCUCGUGCUGGACCUCGACGCCUUUCCGCGGACCCGGGCGCUCUGGGCCAAGCUCGGGCCCGCGCUGCCAACAGAGCUCUUGGAGGCCUUUGCUGCGUACAAGGCAGCGUACGCCCUCGAGAAGGCAAAGACGACCGAGGAUGUUGCGCCAGCAAAUCACGAUGCCCCAACCGUCGACGUACCUGCUCCCGCCGCCGAGGCGCCGUCACCUGCGUCCAUCGAGGCGCUAUCCGACGCAGCAGCCAGCCAAGACGAGGAGCCAUUGUUGGAAGAAGUUGCACCUGCAGAGGAGGACCAUGCUAUCACAGCGCCGCCAUCGACGGACGAGCGCGAGGUGAUGGAGUGCUCUGAGGACGUGGACGGAGCCGGCGACACGGAAGGCGACGACAUCAUCUCUCAAACGCCGCAAGACGAGAGCGAGCCUCCGACGCCCGACGAGCCCGUGGCCUCCGCGUCGAUAGUCGAGACACCGGAGCGCAAGCUCUCGGAUGCCAAAGAAGCGAGCAGCAGCAACCACAACACGCCGCAGCGCGCGUCGUCUCGCAUUCGCGGCCGCGCCGAUACCCAAGCGGCGGCGUCGCCCAAAGCGUCCAAGCGGCCGGUGGCCUCGACGGACGACGUCGACAGCGAGUCGGAUGUCGUCCCACUCGUGCAUCUCCGCAAGCGGUCCGCGCCCACUACGCCCAAGGGCGAUGCCAAGUCGAGCGAGUCCGAGUCCCCACCCAAGCGUACCUCUGGCCGGGCGUCGCGGGCCAAGGCGCCGCCCAAAGACCCUACGCCGCCCGCACGAUCCUCAACGCGAAAAGAAACAAAAACCAAAAAGGGCGCCAAGAAGGUGAUCGAAGACGAGAGCGAAGAGUCGGAAGUCACACCGUCACGGCGCAAGUCGACGCGGCGCGUUGCGACGCGGAAGCGCAAGAUCAACGACAGCGACUAA